GGCAUAACCUCAGUAAUUAAUCAUAAUAAUUUGUAGCUUCUGUAAUUAUUGAAAUUAAAAUUGAGUUCAUAUUGAGCUGAUACUCCAACCUGCUACAAAACAUUUCUGGUUUAAACCAGCGUGUCACCAGUCAGACCAGCUGUUCAAACCUUCGCGUCAUCAAGCAGGUGAGUUGUUUGUUGAAAACACGCCCGCCGGCAGCCAGACGGUUGGUAUUUUGUUCUGGCGUGUACUGCACACUGUGUUCAUUUUGUUUGUUUUUCUUUUUCUUCCUUUUUUUUCCGGAGAGGCAGCGCAACAGUCUCAGAAUAAUCAGUUAACACCUUCCCAUCAGGUUCUUAUGCCAAGGUAUCUGACUUUUAUCUGUUCGCCUGCUUUCAGUUCUAAGGGACAACAAGUAAUGGCACAAGAAGAGAACUCUACUUUAACAAGACACACAUUCUGUUUAUUACCUGGAACAUGAUUGUUUUUUCCGGUUAUCUGUCAUAAAGUCCUGAAAAGAUCCAGAAUUAACGUCAGAUUUCGGGAUGACUGAAAGCUCUGGAUUGAUUUUUGCUUUUUAAAGACUGCGUUGAUCCUUUACCAUUUUGAACAUGGCAGGAGGAUCAGCAGCUGACUUGGCACCUACAGCUGCUGUCAAGAUUUUUUCAGCUGGAACAGCUGGCUGCGUGGCUGACCUGGUCACCUUCCCGUUGGACACUGCCAAAGUACGACUGCAGGUCCAAGGAGAAUCGAAAGACCUCCCAAUAGGCCAGAAGGCGACAUACAGAGGUGUAUUUGGCACCAUUAUCACCAUUGUGAGGGCCGAGGGGCCGAGGAAUCUGUACAACGGGCUCGUGGCGGGGCUGCACCGACAGAUGUGCUUUGCCUCCGUCCGGAUCGGUCUGUACGACACCAUGAAGCAGCUCUACGCCCACGGAGCGGAGAAUCCUGGACUCGGGACCCGACUGCUGGCRGGCUCCACCACCGGAGCGAUGGCGGUGGCAUUUGCUCAGCCCACCGAUGUUGUGAAGGUCAGGUUCCAGGCUCAGGUCCACCAGCUGGACAACGGCUCCGUCAAGAGGUACAGCAGCACCACCGAGGCCUACAAGACCAUCGCCAGGGUGGAGGGCUUCAGAGGGCUCUGGAAAGGCUGUCUGCUGAACAUAGCUCGUAAUGCCAUUGUGAACUGCUCCGAGCUGGUGACUUAUGACAUAAUUAAAGAGCAGAUCCUGAAGAACAAACUGAUGACAGACAACAUGCCGUGUCACUUCACUGCCGCAUUCGCCGCAGGUUUCUUCACCACCGUGGUGGCCUCUCCGGUGGACGUGGUGAAAACCCGCUUCAUGAACUCCGUGCCCGGGCAGUACGGCGGCGCCGCCAACUGCGCUCUGACCAUGCUGCUUAAAGAGGGGCCCUCAGCUUUUUACAAGGGGUGGGUGUCGUCGUUGAAAACCGGGGCAAAUCCAGUCCAGCGGCUGAUUUAUCUCAAUCUUUCCUUGCAGCUUCAUGCCAUCGUUCCUUCGCCUGGGGUCCUGGAACAUAGUGAUGUUUGUCAGCUACGAGCAGAUUCAGAGGGCUGUGGUAAGACUUCAGGGGUCCCGGGAGUCUCGCUUCAGAACGGUUUGACUGAAUGAAGCUGUGCAGCUGGAUCUGCAGCAGCGCUGAUAGUGAGCGGUCAAUCCAGACCUCGUACCUGACCAGAGAGGGCAAGCUGCAGGUUUGAUUAGUGAUUACUAGUUUAGGUAAUAAUUGGAAACAGUCGUUUGUUUUUCAACUGAGAUUUGUCAUUUUGGAGAAACUCUGACUCUCAGAAACUCGUUCUCAUUUUGUCCCCAAAUCAAGAUUAUGAAUGUCCUCAUGGCCGGUUGUGCCAGAAUGUAUCGAUAAAACCCAUUUACAAACUGUUCAAAUAUCAAUAAAUGUCUGUUUCAAUAUG